UAAGUAAAAUAGUCUCAGUAUCGGAAUAAAGACACAUCGAACUAGAAAAGGUUUUUAGCAAACAUUAUAUUUCUAACAACAUUCAACAAAGGAAAUAACUGGACAGGACCAUUGAGGACUUUUCUCAACUUAUCUAUUUGUGAUUUAUUUAUUUUAUUCAGGUAUCUGAAGUUUUAAGAUGAAGCUGACGGGAGUCUUUCUCCUUUUGGUGCUUUGGAAUUGUGAGGGCAGAAGGCUGGCAGACAGUGGAUAUGACAACGGUGUAUACGACUUAUUCGAGCAUUUGCCAGCGAACAAGAGGCAUCAAGGAGUUACAUUGGUAAAAGGCGCUGUACCCCACAGCCCAGCCUAUAAGAUCCUUAACCCAGACCUGAUUCCCCAGGUUCCCGAUAUCUCCUUCAGGAACCUCAUCGAUUCAAUUCAAGCUGAGAGGGGAUUCCUGCUAAUUGCACACUUCAAGCAGUUCAAGAAAACAAGGGGCAGUCUUUUUACUGUAGAGAAGAGUGACGGAUCGGGACCGAUAUUCGAAAUAAUUUCAAAUGGAAAGGACCAAACGCUGGACGUUGUAUACUCUACCGGGAACGAGCAAAAGGUAAUUUCCAUAGAAGAUGCAAAUCUGGCGACCGGACAUUGGAAGAAUAUUACGCUGUUCAUUCAGGACGAUCGUGCCCAGCUAUUCGAUGGGUGCGAAGAGAUAAAUACACAAGAAAUGGAUGUGCCCAUACAAAAGGUCCUGACGCAUGAGGUUGCCAACAUCGCCCGUCUAAGGAUUGGGAAAGGAGCUGUGAAAGAUAGAUUUAUGGGAGUUCUUCAGGACGUGCGCUUCGUUUUCGGAACCACUUUGGAGGCGAUCAUGCGCAAUAAGGGAUGCCACGGCUCCGAAACUUUGAUUGAUGUCAUUACCCUGGACAACCCCGUCAAUGGGUCCAGCCCGGCAAUAAGGACUGAGUACACUGGCCAUAAAACUAAAGAUAUUCAGCAGGUUUGUGGCUUUUCCUGUGAGGAUAUCGCCAGCAUGUUCAAGGAGCUCAAGGGGCUUGGUGUGGUUGUAAAGCAGCUGUCGAACGAGCUCAGCAGAGUGACACAGGAGAGCCAACUGCUCAUGAACCAGAUGAACGUCCACAGUGGUGUUUGUCUUCACAAUGGCAUCAUGCACAAGAACAACGACGAGUGGACCGUGGAUGGCUGCACAGAGUGCACCUGCCAGAACUCUGCUACUGUGUGUCGCAAAAUCUCUUGCCCCCUGAUGCCUUGUGCCAAUGCCACUGUGCCUGAUGGAGAGUGCUGUCCACGUUGUGGACCCCUGACUGGCCAUGUUGAGGAUGGCUGGUCCCCAUGGUCUGAAUGGACCCAUUGUUCUGUGUCAUGUGGGCGGGGCAUCCAGCAGCGGGGUCGCUCCUGUGACCGCAUCAACAGUAACUGUGAGGGCACCUCUGUGCAGACCCGUGACUGCUAUCCUCUGGAAUGUGACAAGCGCUUCAAGCAGAAUGGUGGAUGGAGCCACUGGUCUCCCUGGUCCUCCUGCUCUGUAACCUGUGGUGAGGGUGUCAUCACUCGCAUCCGACUCUGCAACUCCCCCACUCCCCAGAUGGGAGGGAGAGACUGCCAAGGACAGGGUAGAGAGACCGAGGUCUGCAAGAAAUCCCCUUGUCCAAUUCCUGGUGGCUGGGGGCCCUGGUCUCUGUGGGAUGCCUGCUCUGUUACCUGUGGAGGUGGACUCCAGACCCGCCAGCGUCUUUGUAACAACCCCACCCCCAAAUAUGGAGGGAAAGAAUGCCAGGGUGACGACAAAGCAUCUCAACUGUGCGCCAAACAGGACUGCCCUAUUGACGGCUGUCUGUCAAACCCCUGCUUUGCCGGCUCUAAGUGCACCAGCUUUGACGAUGGUUCCUGGAAGUGUGGCGCUUGCCCAGUGGGCUACACCGGAGAUGGCAUCAACUGCAUGGACAUUGACGAGUGCAAUGAGGUCCCUGAUGCAUGCUUUUCUCUCAACGGAGAGCAUCGCUGUGAGAACACUAAGCCAGGCUACAACUGCCUUCCCUGCCCAUCUCGCUACUCAGGCCCACAGCCUUUCGGAAGAGGAGUGGAGCAAGCCACAGCCAAGAAACAGGUGUGCACACCACGUAACCCCUGCCUGGACGGCAGCCAUGACUGCAACAAGAACGCUAACUGCAUCUACCUGGGUCAAUAUAGCGACACCAUGUUCCGAUGUGAGUGCAAACCUGGUUACGCCGGCAACGGCCACAUCUGUGGAGAUGACACAGACCUGGAUGGAUGGCCCAACAAAAACCUUCUUUGCGUGGAGAACGCCACCUACCACUGCAAGAAGGACAACUGUCCAAGCCUUCCCAACUCUGGACAGGAAGACCACGACAAAGACGGACUUGGUGAUGCUUGCGAUCCCGAUGAUGACAACGAUGGGAUCCCUGAUGAUAGGGACAACUGCCCUAUGGUCUACAACCCAGCACAGUACGAUGUGGACAGAGAUGACAUUGGCGAUGGCUGUGAUAACUGUGUGCAUGAGAGCAACCCUGACCAAGUCGACACGGACAGUAACGGAGAGGGCGAUGCCUGUGCUAUUGAUAUCGACGGGGAUGGCAUUCUAAAUGAGAAGGACAACUGUCCAUACGUAUACAAUGUGGACCAGAGAGACAGUGACAGUGAUGGAGUUGGAGACCACUGCGACAACUGCCCUCUGGAGCACAACCCAGACCAGAUUGACUCUGACUCAGAUCGUGUGGGAGACAAGUGUGACAACAACCAGGACAUUGAUGAUGAUGGUCAUCAGAACAACUUGGACAACUGUCCUUACAUCUCCAACGCCAACCAGGUCGAUCACGACAAGGACGGCAAGGGAGACGCCUGCGACCACGAUGACGACAACGACGGCAUCCCCGAUGAGAAGGACAACUGCCGGCUGGCCUUUAACCCUGACCAGCUGGACUCUGACGGCGAUGGUCGUGGAGAUGUCUGCAAAGAUGACUUUGAUCAAGACAACAUACUCGAUAUCUACGAUGUGUGCCCUGAAAACUUUGCAAUCAGCGAGACAGACUUCCGCAGGUUCCAGAUGGUACCACUGGACCCCAAGGGCACCUCUCAGAUUGAUCCUAACUGGGUGGUUCGCCACCAGGGCAAAGAACUGGUGCAGACUGUAAACUGUGACCCUGGCAUAGCUGUCGGGUUCGAUGAGUUCAACGCAGUGGACUUCAGCGGAACAUUUUUCAUUAACACGGACAGAGACGAUGACUAUGCUGGCUUUGUGUUUGGCUACCAGUCCAGCUCCAGGUUCUAUGUGGUGAUGUGGAAGCAGAUCACACAGACCUACUGGUCUCACACCCCAACCAGAGCUCAGGGCUAUUCUGGAGUGUCCAUUAAAGUUGUCAACUCCACCACAGGACCUGGGGAGCAUCUGAGAAAUGCCCUUUGGCACACCGGUGACACUGCUGGACAGGUGCGUACUCUCUGGCACGACCCUAAGAACAUUGGCUGGAAAGACUACACUGCUUACAGAUGGCACCUAAUCCACAGGCCCAAAUCUGGACUAAUUAGAGUUGUGAUGUAUGAAGGCAAGAGAAUCAUGGCAGAUUCUGGCAAUAUCUACGACAAGACAUAUGCUGGUGGAAGACUAGGCAUGUAUGUCUUCUCUCAGGAGAUGACAUACUUCUCAGACCUCAAAUAUGAAUGCAGAGAUUCUUAAUCGGACCAUAGAGAAGCUCUAUGAAGAAUGUAUCUACCUGCUCAAAUAUAAAUGUAACGUAUGACCUGGGAACAUAUCUUUAUUAAUCUUUCUCUUAUGACGCACAUUGGUGGAAUAGCGAGCAAGUGUGUGGCAUUGAGGCCAACUGACCUCAGGACAUAGGCCAAUUGACUGCCCUAUGAUGACCCCUGCACCAUGAGCAGGUUUAGCAUAACUUUGCUACGUGAAGCAAUCAGUCUCUCUCAAUCUCUGAAGGUUGUUUUCUCUUGCGGUACUCUGCAUGGGAGAGAGGCAGACAUAUUUCUAUGCACUUCUGAACUAGUUGAAAUCCCUCUGUGGAUGGAGGUCCAAAUGGACAAGUUUUUCUUUAUUUUCUGACAUUACUUCAGAUCUGCUGUGGAUUCAAAAGGACUUGACUUAUUUCCAAAUGAAGAAAGCAGUAGGAGAUUUUCUCCAGAUGGGCCAGAAAUGCCCCUUGAAGGAAUUGUUGAGGGACUGUGGACAGUAUGGAUUGACUGUUACUAUCAAUGAAAGUGAAUGUUUGUCUGUGUGUAUGUUACCAAAGAGCUUUGUAAUAGACACCUAAGCCAAUUGUACUCAUGUCAUUCACCAUUUGAAAUUCUAGAUACCUAUUUCCCCUGAGUCUAAAUUGUUUUAUAUUCACUAACUACGCGGCUUGUAGUAAACCCUUGCAGUUCAUGUCAGUAUGAACUAGGUCCUCAGGGUUCGAUCAAGCUUGCCAAGUGAUUUCUCAGGAAAAAAACAUUAGAUGAUGCAUGAAAGAAGCACAGAACUAGAACCCAAAUCCAAUAUAGACUACUAGGAAACAACACAACUUCUAUUUUGCCAGAAUUUCAGGAAGACAUGGGGUUUCCUUAGCCCAAAGAUUAAUGAUGAGGGGGGUAAAACACACGGGCCAGUCUAACCUGCCUUGAGAGGACUAUUUUUACUAAGGUUGUACAUAAAUUAUUAUUUAUUUUGUUUGUUACUAGUUUAAAAGUAUUGACACAUGAUCAGUUGGGAUACCUCUUAUAAGUCAUCUCUGUGUCUCACGUCACAAAAACCCUCUCCAAAUAACUGGAAUCUUGGAACUGGGUUAAAUGUCUCCAUAAGUCCUCUCAUAGCAUGGUACAGUAUUAUAUGUCACGCCAACCUUCUGAAAUAUACAAAUGAGGUGUCAUUCAAAUCACAUUGUUCUUCUGCACAGUACGUCUGACUUGUUUGUUUGAAAAUGUGUGUACCUUUCUGAUGGGGGAAACAAAGGAAAACCUUAAUGUACAAAUAUUACCUCAUUAUUUUUUUUUAUAAAAAAAAGAAACAUGAGAGUAACUUUUUAUCAGCAGAGUAUAAUUGGUUGGCUUCAUUUUAGUGUCACUGUAGUACAAUCUUUUUUAUGCUGUAUAUAAGAUAUUUUUUUAGCAAAUAAUUCCCCAACAGGAAAGUAAUUGAUAAAAAAAGGUUUCUGAAAUAUGUU